AAAGCAAAUGAAGGUGAUAAUAUCAAGAGGCAAAUGUUAGAACAGAAUUCGCCAAGGCUUGGUCAAAAUACAUUGAUACCUACUGUUCAUGACAGCAAAGUCAAUGAAAAUGUGUCAGGAAACUGUAAUGUGAAAACUUAUCGAAGCAAUCAUGAUCGAAAGAGGCAAUUAAAUGAUUUUAUUCCUAUUUCUGCUAGCACUUCAAAUUCUCUGUAUCAUGAAGAAGAAAAAUCUAGAAAAUAUAGAAGACAGGCUGAAAAUUACACUUAUAUGCUCAAAGAGAGUGGUGCUUCAUGUAAAUCAGAAAAGUCAAAAAGUUACAAUAAGUGCUGCACAUCUGUUUUUGAUGCAUCAGUAAGCUCCAGACCAGAAAAAAUAUCUCAAGAGAAGUUGAGGAUGGAGGCUCCGGAGUCUACUCAGACACUGAUUUCACAUAGUGCUUGUCCAGCCACCACUGGAGGAACUGGGCCUGUCCAAGCUCAAUUGGUAGAUAUGAAGUUAAGAUUACAUCAACUUGAAACAGAAAUUUCCAAGCUAAAAUCAAAUCCAGUGAACAAGGAUGGAAAUCAUGCCUUAUCCUCUAGCUUUGGUUCAAUUGAUCUGCUCAAGGAAGGAGUUGAGUCAAGGACUGUAUCUGUGACAAAUGUUCAUGUUGCAGCAACUCAAGAUGCUGUGAGAUCUUACUUUGCCAGAUGUGGAGCCAUUAUCAGAGUUAUUAAGUUGACUGACACAUUAACUGUCAAACAGAAAUGGUCUGCAUACAUUACCUUUGCCAACAAGGAGUCAGUGGACAAGGCAUUGGCAUUGAAUGGGACAAAUUUCUUUUCCAGGAUCAUAUGGCACUAGAAACAUGAAAAGCUUGUUAUUGUAUUAUGAAUAACAAUGCACUGAAUUUGGAACAAGAUUAGGACUUGUUCUUGUCCUCCAUAGACAUAUACUGCCAUGCAUUGGUUUGUGUUAUUGUGAGGUAUAAUUCUCACAUGACAACUCUGCCUGAAGAUGAUUGGGGGAUCUCACAUAUAAGAAAAGAGAAAUCAUUGAAGAAAAAUGGAUCUAGUUUGGAAAAUGUCCACAUAGAUGAGAUUACCCUUGUGUUGUGUGUGUCUCUGUGUGUCUGCACUUUAUUUUUUUUUAUCAGUUUAUAGUUUUGGGUGAGGAGGGAAUGGAAUCCAGCUUAGAGAGUUAGAGGAUAUAUCGCACUUACCAUUUAGCAAAUACUUAGGUAUCUCUAUCUAUGUGGUUGGGAGUGAGGGAGGGCUCACAGAUAUAUCUACCAGAUCAUAGUUCACGAGUUAUUUCCCUUUUUUUCUUUUUUCAUAUAUAUUCGAUUGUCGUAAGAACCAUUCUCGUUGCCUGGAGUAGUCCAGAAUUGCUUUGCGUAAAUAGUAAAAAAAAAAAAAUAAUGCAAGUAGUAUUAAGUUGUCAAGUCUUCCAUGUCCUUAGAUAAGAUAGUAGUAGUUAAUCCCAAAACCCAUGCAAUAAUUGUUGUGUAAAACUUUUAUCUGUGAGCUACAGAAGAGUCUACUAAGGAAAUUGAUGAACUCAGAGCUAUUUUUCUGUAACAAAUAAACAUGCUAUGAAUUUUACAUUUCCUUGAACAAAUAGUUUCAUUAUGCAUAUUUCAUUAAACUCAUGCACCAGGUGUCCAGUCAAUGUUUACAUAUUGCACAGAAACUUAGGUGUCAAAGAUGCAGUCUCGUUAGUCUCUAGUAUUAUUACUGUUGCUGCUCUUUCAUUUAGGUAAGAAAAGCAGGAAAGCAGCAAGCCAACCUGCUCGCAACAUGCCAGUGACAGGGAAGCUAUCUUCCAACAAAAGCACUAUCACAACCCUCAUCUACCUUGGCAAAGGAACUAUGUAGAUGAUGCUCACUGACAGCAUAGAGACAUUAUGUUGAUGCAGAAUUUUCAACUUAGCGAGCUGUAUGAUUUCCGCCAAUUAAAAGACAAGAUGUUUUGGGGGAUUGAGACAAGGAUCCAAUGGCAUCUCUAACCUUGUGUAAGCUUGAACCUGUUGAAAAAAGUUUGUACAUGGAUCUGCAUGCGCA